UCUCUCCCUUCUUUUAUUAUGUUGAGCCGACGCCCGGCUUCCGCAAUCCAACUCCAGUUGGGGAUUCCCCUCCGUCGCCUGUGUCUAUCGAUCGAACCUGUAUGGGAUUUUGUGAUGCUCCCCGGGGUCUUUAACGUUCCGGUGGUGCAUUUUUUCUCCUUGAUCAGCUACACGUUGCUGUUCCUGGUGGUCGGAUCCGGAUCUUCGGGGUUGCUCCUCCUCCGUUUGUGCUCAUGGCGACGCUCGUCAAAUAUGGAGGCAACGAUGUUAUCUGCCCUGGCCCUUUUUACUCGAAUCUCACUGAUUCGAGCCUUCUCCUUUCUCUUGGUCAAAAGGCUGAUGUCUCCGGCCCCCCUUGCAAGAGAUAUCGGGUCACGGCACCUCUUAUCUCCAGAGCUGGAGAAAAGGUCAUAGACGAAGAGAAACAGCCCCGAUCGAUCGACACCCUUCCUGACGAGUGCCUCUUUGAGAUACUCAGGCGGUUGCCCGGAGAUAAGGAGAGGAGCAACUCUGCUUGUGUCUCCAAGCACUGGCUUAUGCUUGUUAGCAGCAUCCGUUCUUCAGAGCUUGCUGCUUGCAAUAAGGUCUGCGAUGAAUCUGUGAAGAACCCCUCGCUGUUCCUGAAUAAUGAUGUGAUUGUCGAUGAGCAGGAAAGCGAGAACAAUGGGUAUCUCACCAGGUGCUUGGAUGCAGAGGAAGCUACGGAUAUUAGACUUGCUUCUAUUGCCCUUGGAACCUGUAGUCGUGGUGGGCUAGGCAAGCUUUCCAUCCGAGGAAGCAAUUCAACUCGUGUUACUGAUGUUGGGCUUUCUGCUAUUGCUCAUGGUUGCCCUUCCCUACGGGUUCUAUCUAUGUGGAAGGUACCCUUUGUCACUGAUGUUGGCCUAUCUGAGAUUGCCAAUGGAUGCCCAUUGUUGGAAAAGCUUGACCUCUGCCAGUGUCCACUGAUUUCAGACAAGGGCUUGAUAGCUGUUGCUCAGAAGUGCCCUGACUUAACAUCUUUGUCAAUUAAAUCUUGUUCGAGAAUUGGCAAUGAAGGUCUGCAGGCUAUUGGCCGUUGCUGUCCAAAACUAAAAUCUGUAACUAUAAAUGACUGUCUGCAGGUUGGUGACAAAGGAAUUGCAAGCUUGGUUUCUUCAGCCUCUUCUUCCUUGGAAAGUAUAAGACUUCGGACCUUGAAUAUCAGUGAUAUUGCUCUUGCAGUCAUUGGACACUAUGGGAAGAAUGUAAUUGACCUAUCUCUCACUGAGCUUCAGGAUGUGAAUGAAAAGGGAUUUUGGGUUAUGGGAAAUACUCAUGGCUUACAAAAGUUGAAGUCCAUCAGUAUCAACUGUUGCAAUGGGCUUACUGAUACUGCCUUGCAAGCUAUUGCCAAGGGUUCCCCCUUCCUGAAGCAGCUCUUUGUUUGCAAAUCUUGCUACCUGUCUGAUGCUGGUUUGAUAGCAUUUGCUGGAACAGCAAAGGCACUUGAGAGUUUGCACCUUGAGGAUUGUAACCAGAUCACUCUUAUGGGCAUCCUUGGUGCUCUUUUGAAGCGCAGUGCAGAAUUGAAGUCACUGAGUUUGGUGAGAUGCUUGGGCCUCAAAGACAUAUCUUUUGAAUUUUCACAACUGCCGUCAUGCAUGUCACUUAGGUCCCUGACUAUCCAAGACUGUCCAGGAGUCACUAGUGCUAGCAUACAAGUGGUAGGGAGGAUCUGCCCCCAGUUACAGAAUAUAGAUUUGAGUGGUCAAGUUGGGGUAACUGAUGAAUCGCUCAUCCCACUGAUCAAGAGUUCUGAGGUGGGCUUUGUGGAGAUCAAUCUGACCGGUUGUGUUAACGUAACAGAUGACUUGGUAACUAUGCUGGUCAAGGUACAUGGAAGUAGUCUGAAGAUGCUUAAUCUUCAUGGUUGUAGGAAGAUCACUGAUAGAAGCCUUCUGGCAAUUACAGAAAGUUGCUCUGCGCUUGAUGACCUUGAUUUGUCAAGUUGUUCAGUAGGUGAUUAUGGUGUGGCACUCCUGGCAUCAGCAAGGCAGCUUAACUUGCAUAUCCUCUCUCUUGCAAGUUGCUCACAGGUUACACUGAAGAGUCUGCCAUUCUUGGGAAACUUGGGGCUUUCCAUCGUGGGCCUAAAUCUUCAGGACUGCAGCUUGAUCAGUGCCCAUGGGCUGAGGUUGCUUGAGGAGAAGCUAUGGUGGUGUGAUAUCAUUUCCUAGUCGAGUUGAAGUACAAAAAAAUGGUCAGGGAAAUCUCUUGGUAGUCCAAUCAUUAGUCAAUCAUGAAAUCCAGCACCAUGAUUGAUUGUGAACAGCAGCAAUCUAUUUCUGUUUAGUUUUUGGCUCGUGCCUCUGGCCAUAAGCUUUUGCCUUCCUCGAAGAUUUUGGUUGUCUUCCAUGGACCAUUGGCCGAUCUUGUAUUUUUUGCAGAUUGUUCUCCUUUCACAGGAAAACUCUGUUUGGGGGGUUUGGCAGUCUUUAACUGGCUGGCUAUCCCCCAUUUUGGCCUUGGUUUGUGAGAUCACAACCAUAUCUAACCUUGAGUCAAGUUGUUGCUCAAUUAUGAGCCUAGUUAGCUCAUAUGUGCUCUAUGUUUUUCAUAUGGUCAUGGUUAUGUAUCAUCAGGGAAGCAUCAUACAUUGCUUGCUUCUAUGGUGUGUUUUAGCCAAAUCCUAUAUUGGCAAUGCCCGCAGGGCGAACUUGUGUCCAAAUGUUUCAGGUCUGUCGGUCCUUAGAGUUGUUCCAGUCUGGGCUUCAUGUCCUAUCGAGUUAUUUGAGUCUGUUCUCUUCAGUAUAGGUCUUUGGUUGGUUGCUUCUUGCACAGUUCUGUUUGGAUGCCCGAGAUUCAAGGGAUUUGGUUAUCGGCAGCUGAUAGCUAAAAGCAUGCCAUGACAACCAUGUUUGGUUGUUUAUUGUUCACCAAAUCCUACUUUUGCAGGCUGAUUGGGGAGGACUGUAAUAUUUGCAACCUUUCUGUAAUGAAUGAAUAAAAUCCUGUGUAUGCAUGAUCUCUCUGA